AUGGAUUUAAAAGAGCCAAUUUCUACAGACCAACAGGAGAAGAAAGCAACAGCAGAAGAGGGUCUAUUAGCCGCUACAGCGAAAGGCGCCUCCUACCUUAUACUUUUACAAUUCUUAUCGCGUAUGCUCACGUUUUCACUUAACCAACUCGUCCUCCGUUAUGUGUCGAAAGCAACGUUUGGGAUGGCGUCGGUCAAUCUCGAACUGUUAGCCUCGACCAUCUUGUUCAUCUCACGCGAAGGGUUUCGGUCUGCUCUGGUGCGGUCGAACAAAAGCCAACAAACACUGAUCAACCUAGCGUACGUUCCAACUGUUUUUGGUUUUUUCAUAACGUGGGUGACGUGUGCUUAUUAUCUCUGGUCCUUAUCGGCUGAGGAAAACGAGCAGUUCCCUUAUUAUUCCCUCUCUGUCCUGUUGUAUGGUGCAGCUUCGUUUUUGGAAUUGAUGGUGGAGCCAUUGUUUAUCUUAGCGCUGAACCGUUUGUGCUACUGGUUGGAUAGACCCUUAUUGACGUUGGGUGUGACGAUGACGCUGCAGUCAUUUUUAAAGCACAUCUUGACAGAAGGUGAUAAAAUGCUGAUUUCUGUGCAAAGUUCGUCACAAGACCGAGGUAUUUAUGCCUUUGUCGUCAAUUACGGCUCCUUGGUGGAAUGGUCCGUCGGCGAAGGAAAUGCACCUGGCGUGCUUGCAGCUUAUUGCAUGUAUGUUCCAUUUAUGGGCAUCAACGGCAUUACGGAAGGCUUUGUGCAGGCUGUGGCGACGAAAAGCGAUCUCAACAGGCUGAGCUAUUUCAUGAUUUUCUUUUCAGCCUGUUUUAUGGCGGCUGGCUAUGUGUUUAUGCAUGUCCUUUCAUGGGGUGCGACCGGCUUGGUGUUGGCGAAUAUGGUCAAUCUUGGUAUUCGUAUCACUUACAGCUGGCACUUUAUUCGUCAGUACUUUGGUCAUCGAGUGCAACCCAUGUCCAUUAGGGAAUGGUUUCCUCAUGCGAGCACCCUUUUCGCUUUUGCCAUGGCUUGGUAUGUGACUCAGUGGUCGCAAACACAUGUGGGCUGGUACACAUUCCAUCAGAAAGUGGCCCACAUCGGCGUAGGCGUUCUUUGUUUAUUUAUGGUUGCUUUAGUGAUGUAA